AGCAGCAGUAAAAAUAAAAUGGCUUCUAAGUUUUCAGAGGAGCAUUUUUCCUGUAUUGUGUGCCGUGAAAUCUUCAAGGAUCCUGUUCUUCUGCACUGCAGUCACAGUGUGUGUAAAGUGUGUUUGCUGCAGUUCUGGGAGACCAAAGGAUCCAGAGAAUGUCCUCUUUGUAGGAAGCAGUUGUUUGCGGAGUAUCCUCCCAUAAACCUGGCCUUAAAGAACCUGUGUGAGAUUUUCUUACAGGAGAGAAGUCUGAGAUCUUCAUCAGGGUCUGAAACAGUCUGCAGUCUGCACAGUGAGAAACUCAAACUCUUCUGUCUGGAUCAUCAAAAGCCGGUGUGUGUGGUCUGUCGAGAUUCAGGAAAACACACCAACCACAAAUUCUGCCCCAUUGAUGAGGCAGUAACAGACUGUAAGGAGGAGCUCAAAACUGCACUGAAGCCCCUACAGGAGAAACUGAAGAUCUUUAAAGACUGUAAACUGAACUGGAGUCAGACUGCAGAACAUAUAAAGAUUCAGGCCCAACACACAGAGCGUCAGAUUAAGGAGGAGUUUGAGAAGCUUCACCAAUUUCUACGAGAUGAAGAGGCAGUCAGGAUCACUGCACUGAGAGAGGAAGAGGAGCAGAAGAGUCAGAUGAUGAAGGAGAAGAUUGAGAAGCUGAGCAAAGAUAUAUCAUCUCUUUCAGACACGAUCAGAGCCGUAGAAGAGGAGAUGAGAGCUGAAGACAUUUCAUUGCUACAAAACUACAAGGCCACAGUGAAAAGAGCCCAGAGCACACUGCAGCAUCCAGAGGAGCUUUCAGGAGCACUGAUCCAUGUGGCAAAACAUCUGGCCAACCUGAAGUUCAGACUAAGUAUGAAGAAGAUGAUAGACAGGUUGAACACAAGCUCAUCCAGUGCAGAGGCUGUACAACCUUUCACGGCUUGUGUGAUGGAGAUCAGUGACCUCUGUGGAGUAUUUCCACUUCCUGGGCACUACCAUCACUCAGGACCUCAAGUGGGAGAUGAACAUCAGCUCUUUCAUCAAGAAAGCACAGCAGAAGGAAUACUUCUUUGGCAGCUGAAUAAGUUCAAUCUGCCAAAGACAAUGAUGGUGCACUUUUACUCCACCAUCACUGACUCCAUCCUCACCUCCUCCAUGACUGUCUGGUUUACUGGUGCCACUGCCAAGGACAAGGACAGACUGCAGUAUAUCAUUUGCUCUGCCGAGAGGAUGAUUGACUGCAAUCUUCCAUCUCUUCAGGACCUGUAUGAGUCCAGGACCCUAAGGAGGACAGAAAGGAUUGUGGCCAACCCCUCCCACACCAGACACAAACUUUUUGAGACACUCCCAUCCUACUGGAGAGAGCAACAGCAGCAGCGAAAUAAAAUGGCUUCUAAGUUUUCAGAGGAGGAUUUCUCCUGUAUUGUGUGCCGUGAAAUCUUCAAGGAUCCUGUUCUUCUGCACUGCAGUCACAGUGUGUGUAAAGUGUGUUUGCAGCAGGUCUGGGAGACCAAAGGAUCCAGAGAAUGCCCUCUUUGUAGGAGGCAGUCAUUUGUGGCGUAUCCUCCCAUAAACCUGGCCUUAAAGAACCUGUGUGAGAUUUUCUUACAGGAGAGAAGUCAGAGAUCUUCAUCAGGGUCUGAAACAGUCUGCAGUCUGCACAGUGAGAAACUCAAACUCUUCUGUCUGGAUCAUCAACAGCCGGUGUGUUUGGUGUGUCGAGAUUCAGGAAAACACACCAACCACAAAUUCUGCCCCAUUGAUGAGGCAGUAACAGACUGUAAGGAGGAGCUCAAAACUGCACUGAGGCCACUACAUAUGAAACUGAAGGCCUUUAAAAACUGGAAACUGAACUGGAGUCAGACUGCAGAACAUAUAAAGAUUCAGGCCCAACACACAGAGCGUCAGAUUAAGGAGGAGUUUGAGAAGCUUCACCAGUUUCUACGAGAUGAAGAGGCAGUCAGGAUCACUGCACUGAGAGAGGAAGAGGAGCAGAAGAGUCAGAUGAUGAAGGAGAAAAUUGAGAAGCUGAGCAAAGAUAUAUCCUCUCUUUCAGACACAAUCGGAGCCCUAGAAGAGGAGAUGAGAGCUGAAGACAUUUCAUUGCUACAAAACUACAAGGCCACAGUGAAAAGAGCCCAGAGCACACUGCAGCAUCCAGAGGAGCUUUCAGGAGCACUGAUCCAUGUGGCAAAACAUCUGGCCAACCUGCAGUUCAGAGUCUGGGAGAAGAUGCAGUAUACCGUCCAAUACACACCUGUAACUCUGGACCCCAACACUGCUCAUCCUGGACUCAUUGUAUCUGAUGAUCUGAAAAGUGUGAGACGCAGCGAUGAGGAACAGACACUUCCUGAUAAUCCAGAGAGAUUUGGUGAUAACUAUCGGUAUAUCCUGGGAUCUGAGGGCUUUAACUCAGGGACACACUGCUGGGAUGUGGAAGUUGGAAACUGUACAUGGUGGAGUGUGGGUGUGAUGGCAGAAUCUGCUCAGAGGAAGGGGGCAAUAAUCUCUAGAAGUGGAAUCUGGUGUGUGGGGUAUUAUGAUGGUAAAUAUUUCGCAGGUUCUACACCACAUCCAGUCACUCUCCUCUCAGUAGCACAGAAACUCCAGAGGAUCAGAGUGAAGCUGGACUGGGACAGAGGAAAACUGUCAUUCUCCGACCUUCUCACUAACAAACACUUACACACUUUCACACACACAUUUACUGAUAAAUUACUGCCAAUCCUGCAUGUUAAUCGUAAGGAAUCUCCUCUAAAGAUCCUCUCACUUCAGUGCUCUAUAAUUGUGGAUCAGAGGAUGUGUUAG